AUGAAUCCCUUGCAGUUUAAUGAAGGAAUAAACAAUUCUAUUGGCUUUUCUGAAGGUAAUCCUCCUCCUUUUCAACAACCAUACGUUCCACCUGUUCGCUAUUUGGAAGGAGGGGAUGCACAACCAGUUGCUCCACACUUUCCAAUUCAACAACAUCAGCAACAGAGAGGAUCUAUGCAAAGACCUAGCAGCACUGAUGCAAAUAGCACAAUUGCUAAUUAUUUGAUGCAUUUUGUUGUGGACCAUGAUCGGGAAUUCAGCAAAAAAGCAAUUGAAAGUUUAAUUAAAAAAUUAAAAGACAAACGUGAUGAACUAGACGCUUUCAUUAUUUCUGUCUCUUCCCUUGGCCGGGUCGAAACAAAAUGUAUUACAACUACUCGAACACUUGACGGGCGUUUGCAGGUAGCUGGACGUAAAGGUUUCCCGCAUGUUGUCUAUGCAAGAGCAUUUCGUUGGCAUGAUUUGCAUAAGAAUGAACUUAAACACAGAAAUAUAUGUGUUUUCGCUUUUGAUUUAAAAGGCGAACAGGUGUGCGUAAAUCCUUAUCACUAUGAGAGAGUAAUUUCUAUUGAAGGAGGAACAACAGAUUUACAUUCACCAAUGACUUCAUGUGGAGAGCGUUCAGGAAUCUCUCCAGAAUGUAAACAACUUCCAUUACUCCAUCGUGGACCAGGAAGACCCCCUAAUGCUCUCAAACAACAUUUACAACAAUUAACUCCAACACAGCAAUCAAAUUCACAACAAUCUGCUAUAACAUCUGUACUACGUGCACAUUUAAGCCCCAACUUCCCAGCACAUUUGAAUACUCAACAAUUAAAUAAGCAUCAGCAGACUAAUCAAAUAAUUUCGACUCAUGUACAACAAAAACAACAAUUUAUUCAACAAAAACAAUUACCUAUAGAUCCUCAAAAUGAAAUUCCGUCAUCGACACUACAACAUUCCCAACAAAGGCUGCAAACACCUCCACACUACCCACGUUCAAAUGCACCUCUUAUAAUGGUUAAUCCUUAUCAAUGA